AUGGCCUUCAACUUCAACUGGUCUCCCUUGUCCACGGACGCCGGCUUCCUCCCGCGCGCCCAAGAACUCCUCACCAAUGCUCUCAAUCGAGCCGACCCCAAACCUGCGAUCAUUGUUGACGACAUCAUCGUCAAUGAACUCAACCUGGGGGAUGUUCCUCCUGAGCUGGAGAUCUUGGAGAUUGGGGACCUGGCAGAGGAUAGAUUCCGCGGCACGUUCAAGAUGAUGUACAAUGGGAACGCAUAUCUCACCCUCAAGACAAAAGUACAAGCAAAUCCAUUGAACACAUACCUGCGCACUCGGUCAGCAUUUGCCACGCCACGACCCUUGGCUGCCGACACUGGCUUGACUAUACCACUUCAAAUCACCUUGUCCGAGUUCCGCCUGUCGGGAUUCAUCAUUCUUGUCUUCUCGAGACAAAAAGGGUUGACGCUGGUCUUUCGAAACGACCCUCUUGAGUCUCUGCGGGUGUCCUCGACUUUUGACUCAAUCCCUUUUGUUGCAAACUUCCUUCAAAAGGAGAUUGAAACUCAGCUGCGAGGGCUUUUGAUGGACGAGCUGCCUGCAAUUAUUCAUCGACUUUCACUGCAGCUGUUGGUGCCAGAGGAUAAAGCACGAGAAGAACGUCAACUCGGGGCCACACAGAUAUUGAAAGACGAAGUUGUGGUCGAUCCGCUAGCCAGCCCACCACAAGACCCGGUUGACUCCACCGGCGCGGUGUUGACCCCGGCAGAAGUCGCAUCGUUAUCGUUGGAUUCGUCGGUCGAGACGCAGUCUCUGUUCUCACGAAAGAAUCUCCUCCGGCUGGCUACCUUGACCGAUUCACACCGUACUUUGUCUUUAUUCACGCCAUCCAUUCGAGAUGCUGUCUUCCGAGCCUGGACCGGUCCAUUGGAAAGAGGCGAAAUGACGGGGCUCCUGACCAGGACAACAACCCCAGCCCUAUCUCGCAGCCACUCGUAUGCUGGAAGUCUCAGUACGUCGACGGCAUAUACCUUUGAUAGCGGCUUGUCUCGGCCAACUCUGUCGAGCUUCGCUUCUUCAAGUCAUGGCCUGAGCAUGAGCAGUGGAAGACAUGGCCAAGCACACAGAGCGCGCCGAAGGAAGAAGCGUGUGGUCGACCUGCGGCCUCACCCGGAAACUGGGGAACCUGAAAUGGUUCUAGAAGAUGGUUCAACAGCAGACUCCGCCAGUGUGUCGGAAAGCACAUCGACCGCGCCGUCCGUGUUCUCGGCACCGGCCGCUACCACUAUGUCUUCUGGUCCAAUUCAAGGUCUCAAUCCCGUCACCCCGCCCAGGAGUCCUGUUGCCAUUAAGCGUUCAGCAACUUUCGAACCAGUGCGCCAGGGAGGGAUGCGCAGUGUCAGUGAAGGUACUCAUGCCCAGGAGUCGAUGGAUCAAGUUGAGGAACCUUCGUUGGAUAUCCACCAAACCCCGCGAGCUAAGGAUCCCGACGCGACCAUUCGAAUUCGAACUCGAAGAACGCUCCCUACAUCUUACGAUGACGACGAGACACCUCGGGCUUCGAUGUAUCUGCUCGACCAGAAACAGCCAUCUGUGUCUCAACAAUCGGUCGAGCCCAAGGUUGUUGUCAAUGAAAAAGCCGAGCUGCACUCCAUUGCAGGCCCGUCGCGGCCUGCCCUCCCGAGUUUCCUUCAGUUUGUUGCCGACCCAUCUAACGCGGGCAGCAUCGCAGAGCGUGCCUGGAUGAUGAAAAUGGCGAAUGAGAUGGCGCAACGGUAUGAAGAGGAAAGACUUAAAGGCAGCUUUGGACCGAUGUCCCGCGAGGAAGAAGCGAACCCUCCUCCAGCCUACGCGCGAUGA